AUGGCAUCCUCUGUUAACGCUUCUUCGGAUUUGGGCGUUAGUGAACAUCAUGAACAAAUUAUUCGUCAAUAUAUGCGUUUUUCACGUCAACAAAAAUCGAUUGGUCUACGAUCGAUUCGUGCUGCUGCUGAAGAUGUUAAAACACAACGUUUACAAAAUGAAGCGGCUCUAACAACAUCUGAAGUAGAUGAUAUUCUAAAUGAUCUCAUUGAAGUAUUAGCAGGUGAAUUUGAUCAAGAAAUAACGCAUCAAUAUCGAAUUAAUACGUUAUUAAUCAAACAACUAUUUGAACAAAGUGAACAAUGGUAUUUAAAAUUGAAACCAAAUUUUGAUCAAUUAGAGAAUCGACAAUUGUUAGAUAAAAUAAAACAAUAUGAAGAACAAGUUGUUAAAGGAAAUAAACAAAACAAAGAUAGUGGUGAUCGUUCUUACUCGGUUAAAAUCGAUCAGAUUAACGAUACUCAAACGACCAUUUUACUUAAAACUGAAAUACAAAAAUUACAACAACUUAACGAUCAAAUGAAAAAAAAAAUUCAACAAUAUGAAAAAGAUCUCAACAUUAAAGAUAGCACGUAUGAAAUGUCUCUUAAUGAUCAACUUUUGGAAAAAGCCAAUUUGAAAUUGGAAAAAGAACAAGUAUCAAAAGAAAAACAAUCCUAUGAAAAAGAAAUGCAAUCAUCCCAAACUCGUCUAGUUGAAUUACAAAAGCAGCUAGAAAUGACCGAACAUGAAUUAGAUAAAAAAUUUAAUCAAACAAAUACGUAUAAAAAUAUGAAAUCAAUGUUAGAAUCAAAAAAUGAGACUAUUAAACAAUUAAGAAGACAAUUAGGUGAAGGAAACAGUGGCGAUUAUGGAAGCCAAGAAGAGGACGAUUAA